CGCGGUGCCAACAUGUCAGACGCGGAGAUCGUUUGGACUCAGAUCCUCCAAAGUAUCGGCGGCGGUAUGGGGUCCGUCAUGAUCCAGGUAGGUGCACAAGCUAGCGUCCUGCAUAUUGAUGUUGCUAUGGUUACUGCGGUCGCACUUCUCUUGACUGAGAUCGGAGGGGCUACUGGUAGUGACACUGGUGCAUUUUGUUGUGUCUUGUAUGGAAUUCUUUGUGUUGCUAAGUGUGUAAUGUAUCUGUUCGCAGUUCCAUUGUUAACAAGGGUCUCAGAGUGUCGAAAGCUAGUAAGGAAUAUUAUCUAAUGUAUGCACAUGUAUCAAUGUCAAGUAAAUUACAAGUUACAGAAACUAAAGCAAUGUCUGUGUUAUGUCCGGACAUAGCAAUUCAUCUAUUUCACGUCUGCG